AUGAUAAAACAGCACACUCCCCGGCUCAGCAAGACUCUUGAUGCAACAGAAAUACACCAGAUUUCUAAGGAGUUUGUCAAACUGCAGCGAUGCUGCGAGCGGGAAGAUGAACUCGGCAAAGUUAUCCGCGCUGCUGAUGACAACUACACUUCUUUCGACCAAGCUUGGGCUGUUGUAGGUGCAGAAUUCCCGGCGCUGAUGCAGUUCUGCGGUGACUUGGCCUCAACGUUCCCAAAUACGUCUACUGUUGAAAGUGACUUCUCGAUUAUGGGAUGGGAGAAAGAUACUUACCGCCGUAGCCUCAGUAAUUUCUCUCAAGAAGGAAUUCUACAAGCCAAACACAGCCAAGAAGAAAAUAAAGACCGCCUAGAAGCUGAGACGUCUACAAAGAAGAGCCCGGUGAAAAAGAGAAUAUCCAAGGCACAGCGUGCUACUUUGGCCAGAGAGGAGAAGAAGACAAAGGCUGCGCAAACGAUAGCCCGUGCUGCGGUGGUGGUUGCUCGACGCGCAAAUGAGAAGGCGAGGGGACGUGCGCGAGUUGCGGAAGUGGAAAGAUCGCCUGCUUCAUCCACCGAAAUAUUAGCAGUGCCUCAGACCAGACGUCAACCAGCAAGGUCACUGACUAUGAGUACAGCUAACCCAGACUCGAGCUCAGCUGUUACUACGGGCGCUUCUAUCCAAAAUCGUGAUGAUGGUGCGCUCAACUCAGACUUGGAGGGGGAGGGUGGGGACUCCGAUGACUGGUGCAUCGAGGAUGAGGGAUUGUAUCCUGGACUCUACCGUGGUGGAUACGGACCUACUGAGGCAGUGUUGGAAGCUGUCGACUCACCUUUGAGCCUGUUUUUCUUCUUCACGCCUCGUCGCCUGUGGCGUCGGAUUGCUACAGAAAUGCUUCUCCAGGAGACGAAGAAGCACAUGAAGAUAACGCCUGAGGACGUUGUUCACUGCAUCGGCCUGCUAAUUGCGAGGAUGCUUUGUCCUCACAAGCGUCGGUUUGCUGAGCAUUGGGCUACGAAACCUGUAGGCGCAGCCCCCAAAGGCACGUUUGGGUCGUAUAAGGGAAAGUCCCGCUUUGAAUGCAUCAUGCAAAACCUCCAUUUCACUGUCAACACGGACGCGCGAGCUGAGACGGACCGCGUGUGGAAGGUUCGCUCUGUCGUAGAUACACUUCAGCAUACAUUUGCACGUGGCUACAACGUUCCUCCGGUGCUCUCAUUUGCCGAAGCAAUGAUUCCUUCAAGAAGUCGCCACAAUGAAACGAGACAAUUAAUGAAGGACAAGCCCCAUAAUUGGGGCACGAAACUGUUCAUGACAUGUUGCGCCACUACUGCAUACUGCCUACGAUUGGAAGUUUCUGUGGCACUGAUCAGCAUGCCGACGAGCUUGGAGGAGACCCGCAUAUCCCGAUCUCUCCCGAUCCAAACUCCGGCCCUGCUGCAGUUAUCAGGAAUCUGGAAGCAGUGCUUCCUGGUCAAGAAGAAGGUGUCUACCACACAGUGGUUACAGAUCGAUUUUACACGUCGAUCCAGCUAGCAAUGCAGCUUCUGGCCCGGAAUGUAUACACCGUUGGGACCAUCCAGACCAACAAAAAAGGAUUUCCAUCAAAUCUAAUUACUUCGGAUGCCACUCGCCCAUCUCCUAUUGAACGUGGUACCAGCACCAUCGCUGUCGCGGAGUGCUGCAAUCUCCUACAAGUCAUGCGCUGGUGGAAUCGUCUUCCCGUUUACCUUCUUUCUACCGGGCACAGCACUACAAUCUAGUCAUGCGGACGACACUUGCCUGGUGGUCGGAGAU